AUGGAGGUUGCUCCACCUACGCAAGGAAACCCGGAGGCUACCAGAGGUCGACGCAGACCGAACCGCGGCAGGAGAGGAGGCCGUGGAAAUGCUGUUCCUGGUGGCGAGACUUCAUCGUUGACCUUUCGCCCUGCCAGUCUUGCUCCGGAACCUUCAUCUACAUCAGAAACCMGCCAUACGGAUGGUCGACAACGAGGACGUGGUGGAAGGCGGGGAAGAGGGCCGAGGCAGGCUCCAGAGGGUCGUGCGACUGUCAAUGGCCGUGCAUUCGGCGGUAGAUUGACGCAGGAUGUUGCAAACGUUCCUGAUCCGGCAUCUCUGCAAGGGAAUGCACCGACUUUCGUCCCUGGACAGCAACAGGUCCAAAACGCCACGAAAGUAGCUCCAAGGCAACAACGGCAACCUCGCCAGCCGCGGAAGGCUGUGCCGAAAUCGCAAGCACCGGAUAUUGCCACCCGGACGCACGAAGACAUUGAUCAUGGCCACUAUGAAUGCCCAAUUUGCACAAGCGACGUUCAGCGAAAUUCCAAAGUUUGGUCAUGUCAUACUUGUUGRACGGUCUUCCAUCUCACGUGUGUCAAGAAAUGGUCUUCCAAUGAGGGAUCUUCUGCAAGUCGUCAACAUGCAGAGAAUGGAGAUGUUCAGCCUCGACAAUGGCGCUGUCCUGGAUGCAACCUUCCCAAAGAUGACUACCCCACAUCCUAUACUUGUUGGUGUGAGAAGGAGACUGAGCCGCGUCCACUAGCUGGACUACCGCCCCAUUCAUGCGGUCAAACUUGUGGAAAGGAGAGGGCGAGGCAGUGUCCACACCACUGUGCCCUGACUUGUCACGCGGGUCCAUGUCCGCCUUGUACGCACAUGGGACCGACACAAACAUGCUUCUGCGGUAAGCACGAAUCUACUAAGCGGUGCGCGGAGACGGAAUACGUGUCUGGAUGGGGUUGUGGUGAGAUUUGCGGAGCUUUAAUGUCUUGCGGCACGCAUCGCUGUGUUCGUGCUUGUCAUGAAGGUGAUUGCGGACCGUGCGAGGUGCGCCUACCUGGAAGAUGCUAUUGUGGGCAGAUGGAAAAGGAUGUCAUGUGCAGUGAUCAAGGGGAGAUCAAGGAGAGUUUGCGUAAUCAUCAUCCCAAAGGUGGGGAGAUGAUCCUGGAGAACUGGACUGGAGUUUUUGAUUGUGGGAAUGCGUGCGAUCGAGCUUUGGAUUGCGGUGUUCACCACUGCGAGAAGAAGUGCCACGCUCAGGAUGCAGAUGCCGGUCACUGCCCUCGAUCACCAGAUGUUGUUACCCACUGCCCUUGUGGGAAGACAUCGCUCGACGAUAUGAAGAUGUUCACGCGCAUGACUUGCGAGGAUCCCAUACCGAGCUGCACAAAACCUUGUGGUAAUCCGUUAUCUUGCGGGCACCCUUGUCCGGAGAUUUGCCAUUCCGGAGAUUGUCCUUCGUGUUUGAAGAACGUCACCAUCAACUGCCGUUGUGGUAGGACAACAUCGCCUACGAUCUGCCAUCAGGGUCAUGAAGAACAGCCGCAGUGUCGGCGAAUAUGCCGGGCAAAUCUCAACUGCGGAAGACAUGCGUGUGAAGAACGCUGCUGCUCGGGUGAGCGCAAGGCAAUCGAGCGUCAGACUUCCAAAAAGAAGAAGCAGCCACUGCAUUCUGCUGCUCGCCCUAUUGACGACGGCAUCGAAGCAGAGCACAUCUGCACACGUCAAUGUGGAAGACCUCUCAAGUGCGGGAACCAUGUUUGCGAGGAGCUCUGCCAUAAAGGUCCUUGUGGAUCCUGCAGGGAAGCAAUUUUUGAGGAUAUCAGCUGCCACUGUGGUCGGACAGUUCUCCAGCCUCCUCUUCCUUGCGGCACGAUUCCUCCACCUUGUAGAUAUGCUUGCGAGCGACCAAAAGCUUGCGGACAUCCUCAAGUCGCCCACAAUUGCCACCAAAACGACGAUCCAUGCCCGAAAUGUCCAUUCCUGUGCGAGAAGCGCUGCAUGUGUGGGAAGAAGGCGUUGAAGAAUCAGCCAUGUUGGCUGAGAGAUGUUGGAUGUGGAGACGUUUGCGGGAAGAAACUCAAGUGUGGCUCCCAUUUUUGUCGGAAACCCUGCCAUCGAGCUGGAGAGUGCGAGGAUUCCAACGGCGCCGAUUGUACGCAACCUUGUGGGAAAGAGAAGAAGGUCUGUGGUCACCCAGAUGAGGCUCCAUGCCAUGCUCCUUUCCCCUGCAAAGAAGAAAAGCCGUGCGGAAGCAAGAUGUUCAUCACUUGUGCUUGCCAAGCGCAGAAGCAGGAGAUGAAGUGUGGAGCUUCCAAGUCGAGUGAGGGCAACAAUGGCAAGACGCUUUCUUGUAAUGAAGAAUGUGCUCGGCUAGAGCGGAACAGGAAACUGGCGCUAGCUUUGAACAUCGACCAAAGCUCGCAUGUCGAUGGAGGAGAUCACAUCCCUUACUCGACCGACACGCUCAAUGUCUUCGCUAAGCAAAGCAAGUGGGCGCAAACACAAGAGCGAGAGUUUCGCGUUUUCGCAGAUGACCCAGACGAGAAGCGACUGCGCUUCAAACCCAUGCAAGCUUCCCAACGAGCUUUCAUUCAUCUUCUCGCGGCGGACUUUGGUUUUGACACUGAGAGCACGGAUCCAGAGCCUCAUCGCCAUGUACUGGUUUGGAAGACACCGCGAUUUGUAUCUGCGCCCAAUAAGACGCUCGAGCAGGCGCAUCGCAUACGGCAGCAAGCAAUGCGCUCUGUCGGCGGAAGUGCCAAUGCUUCUGACAACGAAGGAUCGGCGCCUGCUGCAAAGGUCAAGGUCGUCAAUCAAGUCCAACCGUUCAACGGGUUUGUCAWCAGCAAGCCUAGAUUCGGUCUGACGAUUGAUGAGGUGCGGAACGAAGUCAAUGCCGUUCUGCACUCUCACUCUCCUUUCACUUUCGACAUUGAAUUCCUGCCCAGCGAAGAGGUCGUUCUCAAAGCAAUAUCUCAGACUCUACCAGCAGCAGACCUUGAGCGGGCAUUGCAACAACUUCGAAAUCCGCUGGCGACAGCAAUUGCAGGCAAGGCAUUGGGCAGCUUGCAGCUGUGCAAUACUGACAGCUCGCUCAACAUUGUAAGAUUGGAGAGUGACAACACAGGCGGAGAUGGAUGGUCGAGAGUUGCAGCUAAGAAGGCUGCGCCGCGGGCUGCGAUGAGUAGUGGCGGGUUCGGCUUGGCAAGGAAUGCCUUUGCUGCGCUUGAUGGCAAUGGAGGAGGUAGCAGCGCAGCUGGGAAGGUCACAUUCGCGAAGAAGGCGCCAAUCAAGAAGAAAGUGGAGAAGAUUGUGCCUGUGGUGGACGAUUGGGAGGCUGCUGAGACUGCUGAGGAAGCCAAGGAGGGUGAAGAGAGUGAUGGAGGGGUGAAGACGGUCGUCGCUGAGGAACAGCCGAAGGACGACAACAUUGAUGCCACAGAUACAGGCUCUGCUGAGCCYGUUGAAGCCAAGGAUUUUGCUGCGGUCAUUGGACCGGCGGACGCCGCUGAGGAUGUUGAAGAGGCGAAGGAGGGUGGCCAAAGCGAUGGCAGCGUGCAAGCGGGGAGCAAUCCUCCAGCUUCAGAGGCCAUCAUUGACGCCUCGUCUUCUGCCCCGGGGGAUGAAGCGGUCGCUUCCGUCAUUGUUGGCGARGCACCUGCUAUUCAACCCAUCACUGUUACGGUUGAUAAGACUUCUACGAGUCCAGAGAAGCUUGACUGGGCUGGCGAAGCUGAAGAAGCUGCGCAUGAAGAGUCGUAG